UAUUGAGUGGUAUUUAUUUUCUCCACAUUUAAUAACUGAUAUCUCUACCACAAUUUCUUAGAAUUUGAGUGUUUUAAUAUAAUAGUGAAAGGACGUUUUUAGUUUUAGUGUUCUACGACAAGACGUUUCAACUAUUACUAUAAAACUUUUUUUAGGAUAAUUUAGAUUAUUUGAUUUACUUUGAUAUAUACUAUGUUUAUUUUUAAACAAUGAGUAACAGGAAUAAUUAUAGAAAGUGUGCAAAGUGUCAUAGAACACGCGCUGAAGACGUAACUGUGACCUACCAUAGGUUUCCAAAUCCUGGAGCUGCAAAUAUUACAAAAGCUCGUGCUUGGGCUAAAUAUUGCUGGCCAAAUGAAGACUGGGGCUCUUUGGAGUUCUUAAAGACUCUCUAUAAUAAAAACAAAGUUUUGUGCGGAAGACACUUUCAUUCGUCUCAAUUUUAUGACAAUCAACGGCAAAAACUUAACAAAUUUGCUGUUCCUGAUAUUACUGAUAUAGAAAAUCAGAAUAUGAGUCAACCUGCUGCUACUACAACAGAUAAUCCAAGGUCUGCCGUCCCUCUGUCAGUAAUUGAAAAUACUUUACAUACACCUUCUAUAAAUGAAUCAACCUCAAUGCAGCAAAGUUUUGUGAAUGUUCCAAGUACUUCUAAAUCUACAUACCAUAAACAGACUACAUCUACAUCCAAAAGUACUUCAGAUAAUGCUUCAAACAAACCAUCAACAUCAAAUAUUCAAAGGAAGCCUGGAAUUUUAGGCGAAAUUCAAGUCAGAAAAAGUACAGAAUUAACAUCUAGAGAAAACAAAUUAUAUAAAAUAUGUAAGAGGAAAUUUAAGGAAAUUAUAAGAUUAAGAAAACAGUUGAAAAGCAAGAAAAUAAAUAUAAUAAAAAAAAUAUCAGAAGAUGAAAAUGUGCAAAAAUUUUGUAAUUUAAAUAUAUCAAAUUCUUUUUUAACUUUAUUACAAAGUCAAUUAAAAAAUUGUCCAAAACGACCAAAAGGACGACGUUACACAACAGAACAAAAGAUAAUGGCGUUAGCUAUAUACAAAAAAUCACCAGCCUGUUACAGGCUUUUGAGACGUAUGUUUGCUUUACCCGGCCAAAGUUGUUUGAAAAAAUUAUUGAAUAAAGUGCCAUUAAAACCAGGCCUAAACAAACAUAUAUUUGUAUCGUUAAAGAAUGUUUGUGAACAACAAACAAGUCAUGAAAACAUCUGUAUUCUAUCGUUUGAUGAGAUGAGUAUCAGAAAACACUUAUUUUAUGAUAGGAAAAAUGAUAUAAUACAAGGCUAUCAAGACCAUGGCAACCAUGGUAGAAACGGUACAGUUGCCAAUAAAGCCCUCGUUUUUAUGCUUGCGGGAAUUCGAAAAAAAUGUAAACAGCCCAUAGCAUUUUACUUUUCGAACAUAUUAACCGCAGAUAGAAUGACAGUAAUUUUGAAAGAGAUACUUACGGAAUGCUUCAAUUUCAAUAUUAAUAUAGUCGCAACUGUGUGCGACUUAUCAACCGUUAACUUGAAAGUGUUGAAAACACUUGGUGCUUCACCUGCAGAACCCUACUUCAUACAUGAUCAAAGGGAAAUAGUAACAGUGCUAGAUCCACCUCAUUUAUUAAAAUGCACUCGCAAUCUCUUAAUGAAGCAUAAUAUUGAAUGUAUAACAGAUUUAGAGUCACAAGAUGCAAGUAUUAAAGGCAUAGUCAAAUGGAGUCACAUUGAACAAUUUUAUAAUCAAGACAAAAAUAACGCAAAUUUUGUUUAUGCUCCUGUAUUGACUGACCAUCAUAUACAUCCUAAUAUAAAACAACAGAUGAGAGUGAAACUUGCAGCACAAGUUUUUAGUCACUCUGUUGCUGCCGGUAUAUUAGCAAAAAUUGCGUCUAAUGAACUUCCAAACGAAGCCCAUGCGACUGCAACAUUUGUUAAAAAAAUGGAUGAUUUAUUUGAUUCAAUUAAUGCGGACAGUCCUGACCUGCGUAGAGGAAAAAAAUAUUCUUGCAACUUAACAAUGCGGAGUCCUCACUUAGCCCUUUAUAAAGAUAUGCGAAAAUUUAUAUCAUCAAUGAAAUAUCUAAGUAGCAGGACAACUCCUCCUUCUCAAGACGGAUGGAUACAGACUUUAAAUGCCAUAGAAAGGUUGUGGAAUAAUUUGCAGGUCCAAAAAGUCAAGAGCUUGUCCACGCGUCGCCUGAAUCAAGACCCUUUAGAAAAUUGUUUUGGAUGCAUCCGAUAUCAUUGUGGGUCAAAUACGAAUCCGACAAUUUCCCAAUUUGUGACAGGUAUUAAAACGGCUAUAAUUACAAAUUUACGGCACUCUGGACAAAAUACAAAUUGCGAAGAUGACAGUGCUACUUUAGCAAAUAAUUUGCUCCCAUUUUUAACAUCGAACUUGGAACAGGAGCAACAAACAUAUACUGAACAUACUGUAUCAGCUGAUAAUGUAGAAACAUUAUUAGCUAAUACAGUGGAAGCAAUGGACCAAGCUACCCCUGAAGGUCAAGCUUGUGCAUAUAUAUGCGGCUUUAUAUUUAAGAAACUGAGAGAAAUGGAUGAAGAUGAGAAAAAGAGAGCGUUAGAAAGAAAGAUGAAGAUUUUACAAAAUAAAUGA